UGGACCUCUGCAGUGCUCUGAUAUUUCAUGGCUUUAUAACAGAGAUCCAUCAGAGACCGUUAUGGAGGCAAGCAGUGGGGAGGUGAAGCAGACGUCGUCCCGAGCUGACCGGCUGAGUUUGGACUCCAACUGUUCUUUGGUCAUGAAACGUGUCACUGCUGAGGAUGUUGGUCUCUACACGUGUCGACGGAGUGGUUCUGAUCCUUACGAUGUAAAUGUGUAUCUCAGUGUUUUUACAGUCUUUCCGACACUGACUCGCUCUGAUCCAUGGGGCACCAGUGAACCCACAUUAGAGUGUUCUCUGCUGAGAUACAGAGGUUUGAGUUCCUGUCAACCAAACAGUCUCCGCUGGGUGAAUGAGACAGGAGCUGUGAUUACUGAUGGUGUUACAGAGAGUUCCAGAGAUGCAGACUGUUUCUCUGACCUGAAUGUGACGCAUCAGAUCAGCAACAACGGGAAAUUCAGCUGCCAGUCUGUUAACGAGGAGAACAAUGUGGAGAUACAGGCCGACUACACACCUUUCCAACCAGGAACUCGGUGUAAGACGACCGCUAAAGCUGACAUCGUGCUGCUGGUGGACGAGUCCGGGAGUAUCUACCCUGAAGAAUUCAGAACCAUACUCAGCUGCAUCGCUGACAUAGUUGGAAUGUUUGACAUUGGCCCUGACAGAGUUCAGAUCGGUCUGACUCUGUACAGUUUUGAGCCAAGGACCCAGUGGCACCUGAACGCCCACAGAACCAAGGAAUCCCUGAUGAAUGAUGUUAAUAAACUGCAGCAAAUAGGAGGCGGCACCCAGACAGGACGGGCUCUGACACACAUCCUGGAGAAUGACUUCCAACCCAACGUUGGGAUGCGAGAGGACUCACGAAAAAUUGUCAUCCUCUUUACAGAUGGACAAGCCCAGGACGACGUUAUCAUGCCGUCACAAAACCUGAGGGAUAAUGGCAUCGAGCUGUACGCCAUCGGUGAGAUUUUUUAAUGAGUGUUUGUCAUCAUAGUUAAGAGAAUUCAGAGAUACAACAAGGUUUGAAAUUUACAGAACGCGUCAGAAGCAUACUUAAGG